AAUAUGCUAUAAUGUGUCAUUAUUCUAUCUUUACAGGUUUCAUACGCGUUAGAUGCUCGUCGAUCGAACCAGAGGGGGACGAAGUUGAGGUGGCGAAGACAAAAUUCCAACCAGUAGACGGCCAUAUUGCGUUCCGGACGAAAUUGAUGUGGAAGGAAUGUGACCAUUUCAACAUCGAAAAUACAGAAGAUUACUGAUCUAUAUAAAACAAGAUAUAUACCAAAGUGAUCUAUAAUAACUAUACUUUUGAAAUAUAUAUAUAAUAAGUGCGAGGAAUAACUGUGAGAAGCUACAGAGGACGUAUUUCACAGCAUAUGGGCAUAUAAUCAUGGUUUCCCCCGAAGCCGAGCCCAUGAACUGGAAUCUUUCAGAGACAGACUCUCUGUUAGAUGAAGCUGACUCUCAAACUGAUAUAAAAUCACUCAUGGAAAUGGCCUGCGUGGAACCCAGCAAGAUGCUAAAGGCCUUGUCCCCUCAUCUUGGUGUGGAUGGUGACAUCAAGAAUGAGGAAGAGAUUGCAAAACUAGUGGUGUUAAUGAAGGAGGCCAAAAAGCUUGUCUGCCGAUGUGUAUUUGUCAAUGUUCUGAGGGCGACAAGAAGUCGAGAAUUAUUUGAAAAAUUCAUUGACGACGGUGGCUGGGACCUACUGAAUGUCUGGUUACAAGAUGCAAAGUCAGAUGAAAAUACUCCAUUCCUUCUUGAAUUGCUCCACCUGUAUCAAAUGAUGCCCGUCAGUAAAUUCUCAGUCGAGUUACUAAAGUCGAACAACUGUGCUAAAACCAUCAAAGGACUGUGUAAACUGGCUGAAACUGAUGAAAUAAAAAAUCUUUCAAAUGAGAUUGUCGAAAGAUGGAUGGACAGGAUACGGGAAAUACGGGAAAGUGAUGCUGCGUUGGCUGAAAAUGCAGUGAAUUCAGCAGGUGACAAGGAUGGAAAGAAAAAGAAAAAACACAAGAAAAGUGACAGAUCAAAGGAGGAGAAGAAGAUCAAGACGGAGGGAGGAAACGGUGAUGCGAAGGAGGGAAAUGCAGACGACAAACUGAGGAGUUUAAAGAUCAAAGACUUGAAAGAUAAGAUCAAAGAAGAAAACGAUAAACUUGACAAACAUAAACACAGACAUGGUCAUAGUCAUCAUCACAAGUCGUCAUCAAAAGAUAAGGAACAUCGUCGCCAUAGUAACGAUGGGGAUAAACGCAAGGACGGUGAUAAAUCUGAUAAACAUCGCCAUGAUAAACAUAGACGUCAUGAUGAUAAGAAAAAAGAUGGAUUGGGGUCAGGUUCAAGUUCAAGACACAGAGAUCAUAGAUUGCAUUCAAAUAAUUCAGAUACCAGCACCCACAAAAAGACUGAUGGAAACACUGCUAAAAUAGAGACUCCUAAUGUGAAAAAGGAAGAAAAUAGUGGCAAAUUAGACGUACUUAAAAAACCUCUUAAUAAGCGGACUAGUGAACAUUUUCUGUCAAAUGAUAUCAAACCAAAGGUGUUGAAGACGUCUUCAUUACUAGACGUGAAGAGUGGUGUUGUGGAUAGAAAGGACGGGAAAGAGCGGCCUAAGACUGUCAAACCUUUCACGACUAAGUUUCGUGAUACUGGCUUGACGGAGCAGCCUUCAUUGCCAGUGAGACGAAAAGUUGAUGAGGUGGAGAGAGAGAAGUUAAAAUUAGUCAUCAAGAAAACACCGAGUGGCAGUGCAAUGGUCACAACCAGUACCAGCGCCACCUCCAUCAGUUCAAACAACAUCACCAUCUCAAGUACAAGCACAACUACGACGAAACCUCUCGAGAGAAAACCAAGACCUGUUCUACCGGCCCCGGUUGUACGAACAAAUAGUCAGGAGAACCAGAAAUCUUCACCAACGGAAACAUCACCGGGGAAAAUCAAGCUCAUUCCACCCCAAAAACGACCUAAGGCGUACGAAUUGGCGGACAGUUCUGAUUUCAUGAAUGCUUUAAUUGCACCGCCACCAGUCGUGCCGCUCAAGAAGAAGCGGAAGACAAGUAUUGGGACAAUCGUCAAGCAACCGUCAACGCCAACGUCGCCUCCUACUCCUACAAAAAAUGUGCCAUCGUUUUACAAAGAGACUCUUGAUACGAGUGAGGUGAAACAAGAUAAGGGAUUAAUGGGUGAGAGUGAGGAUUUCCCCAUGGCCGACGGAGAGCAAGGUGCGGCCAAGAAAGCUGAGAUGAGCAUGGCAGGUGGAGAUGCCUCCAGCGCGACUGACACAGAAUCCGUCGGUAGUCAGUCCUCAAAUAAUAACAACGGCAAGAAGAAGAAGAAGAAGACAGUUUCAUGGCGUGAUGAAAAGUUUUUACGAUCUGUUCAUUUCUUCGAGAUGGAUGAACAUGAGAGAGUGAAUGUGAAUAAGCACAACUUUGAGGACAUGAAGAAGCAAGAAAUGGCGACUGAACGUCAUGGGAUGGAGAGGGCCAAGGCUAUCAGUGCUGAUAAAAUGGCCGAGAAGAUGACAUGGAGACGACCUUCCCUGAUCUCCAAUCUGACUCCGAGGACUACUGAACAUGGUGCUAGGAGCACGGAGCGUGACGUCCAAAGGUCUCGAGAACAGGGAGUCUUACAGGCGAUUUUCUUCUCAAAGGAGAUGAUCCCUGAUACUCCAAUGGAGCCAGAAAUGGAGAACACUGAUGUUGAAGAACCGAGGAUUAUACCUUUAGAAGAUGAAAGCACUGGUGAGGACGCCUAUGUCCCAACAGACGAUUCUACGCAGGGUCAGCAACAACAACAGCAACAUGACACUACAUCUGGUGACAAUCAACAAACCAUGGACCAAAUUGCCGCUGGUGGUCAAGCUCAAGCCUCUCUGCCUCCAGAAAUCGCCAGUCUCCUGGGGCAGAUCUCUUCCCAGGUGGGGGCUCAGAACCCCCCUGCCAUCUCGGCCUCAGACACGUCAACGUCAGCUAUGCAAGCCCCUGCCCUACCACCUCAGAUCACAGGCAUGCUGGAGACGUUAACACAGAAUGCUCAACAACCAAUUGGGGCUGUUGACCCCAUUACUGGUGCUGCUCCAGAUCCCAGCUCCAUCCUCACAAGUGUGCAGAGUUUGCUCACAAAUUUCAUGGAUCCUCUUUGGCUCGAGGGCCAGAAUGGUAACCCUGAGGUGCCAAACCAGGACCAAGCUCAACACGAUGUUCUCACAGAAAAACUCAAGCAGAUCCUGGAGCCUUUCCAAAAGCAACUGGCUGGCACGAUGGCACCUCCUCCAGCUGGUAUGAUGUUGCCUCAUGGGGCUGCCCCACCACCAUUCCCGAUCCCAAUGCCACCGCCUGUUGGCCCCGAUGGCAAGAUCUUGCCACCACCCCCUGGCAUCCGUUUCCCUCCAGGAAUGAUCCCCACAGGUGUACCGCCACCGCUUGGUGGAAUCCCUGGAGUACCUGUGGUUGGUCGGCCACAAAUGAGACCUCCUUUCCCAGCUAUGCAACAAAUUGGUGGCCGAGGAAUGGUUGAUGAUUUUGGUGGCCAGAGAUUCCAAGGAAAUCGAGUUGGACGGGGUAACUUCCCCCAGCGGGGUGGUCGGGGUGGCACAGGACCACCAAGAGGAGGAGGAGGCUUUAGAGGGAGGGGUCGUGACCCCAAUGGAAUAUGCAACUAUUUCCAGGGACCUAAGGGCUGUUGGAAGGGAGAAAACUGUCAAUUUCGACACGUGAAACCCACGUAGCCUUAAUAGGAUUUUCAAAUUUUCAACUGUGAUAGACUUGCGGUGUUGUGCAAAGAAGGGAACAGCCAUGUGCUGUUUUAGGAUGUGUCCACCCUCCUGUUGCAGACAUCGAAUAUUUCUGUUUUGUGCUCAGACGGAAUUGUCUUUGGAAAUCGGUGACCACACAUUUUGGGCUUAGAAUGGGUUUUGUAAUAUUAUCUCAGUUCUACUUAUCAUCGUCAAGGGGAAAAUCCAGCUGAUGCAUUUAUCUGGGUCAACCCUGUAUAUUAGGGCCGGUUUUUCAAAGAAGCAUUGUUGGUCUUUGAUAGUACCUUCAGAGAUCUGUCAGCAUGUUGCAUUGUUCGUUGUUAAAAUUCAAUGAACCUUUGUUGAAAAUUGAAAUGCAUGUUACUCUGAACAUUCUUUCAGAGAUUCUGAGAUGUCUGUAAAAUAUGUAUCUGUAAAGUUGAAAAAUAGAAAAUUUAUUGGCCAUAUGAAAUAUUGACCUACAUGUACAUAUCACUAAAGAAUAAAAAGGCCAAAGCCUAGUGAGGGAAAGGAUAGAGUGGGGCUUAUUAGUUGUUCAUUCCAAGCUGAUCAAUUCUUGGUAGAAGUUAAUUCGAGGGGUGCAGUCGUACAGGUAACUAAGGAUUUAUAGUUUGUGAAGUGAUGCAUUGGGGUGAUAUCAGUUAAGAAAUUUAUAGGUAAGUUGUGCUAUGAUAAUUGGUCAAGUAAUAUCAUUGUAUUUCUUCCCAGCUUUGAAGGUUUCAGUAUCGUCUUAUGCACACAUAAUUGAAGUGAAAUACAUGUACAGUACACACCAUUAAUUCUUGAUACCGUGCAUGUACGGGGUACAAAGAAUGUUGCAGUAUGAAACAAGCCGUGGCUUUCUUGGGGUGUAAUUUGAUGGGUUCGGGUGGCUGUUGAGGAAUCCGAGAUGUAUUGACCCUACAUUGUCUUCAUUCUAGGAGCAGACAGCCUGGUUAUUUGCAUUGCAAACUUGUAAAUAGGAAGAAGUGAUGCAUUUUCAUUUGAUGCUGCAUCACAAUGUUUGUAAAGAAAGAUUCUAUUUCUGGAAUCACAAUCAUGUUACAUGUAAUGUCUGCAUUAAUUAUUUUGAAAAGCAAAGAAAUUAAGGAAAUGCAUUU